CUUCAGCUCAGCUGCUACAAGCAAGCAAACAGGUGAUCAAACCUAGAAGCUAGAGACUAUCAGCGUUGCCAAUCUCUACAUAUACAUCUCGAAUUGACACCAGAAUUACCAGCCCAGGCGCCAAACAGUUUACUCAAGACAUCAUUCAUCAUGUUCUACAGACCAGGAAUUGACGACCACGGCCUGCCCCACGACCCCUUCAAAGCCUGUGUAGUCCCCCGACCCAUCGGCUGGAUAUCCACCAUCUCCAAGAACGGCAAAGCGAACCUAGCUCCUUACAGCCAAUUCACAAACCUAACCUUCGACCCCCCCUACGUCCUCUUCUCCUCCAACCAAACAGCAGACAACACGAGAAAAGACACCGUCGUAAACGCCGAAGAACACGGCCACUUUGUCUGGAACCUCGCAACCUGGGACCUGCGCGAGCAGAUGAACAUCACCGCCGAGCAAGUCCCCUAUGGCGUCGACGAGUUCGAGCGCGCGGGGCUAGAGAAGGAAAAAGCUAGCCUAUCUGAUAUACCGAUGGUGAAGCGCAGCCCCGUGAAGUUCGAGUGCAGCUAUCAUUCUACGCUGCGGUUGCCGGGCAAUCCGCCCAUGGGGAGUGUCGAUGUGGUGAUCGGGAAGGUCGAGGCGGUGCAUAUUGCGGAUGAGGUGCUUACGGAUGGGAUGCUGGAUGUGCGGAAGACGAAGCCGAUUGCGAGGUGUGGGUAUUAUCAGUAUGCGGUUGUGACGGAAACGUUUGAGAUGGUUAUCCCGGGGAUGUCGCAGGCGACGUUGAAUGGUUUGGAGGGGAAUCCGGUCAAGGUUGCGAAGUAUGAGGCUGCGAGGAAGGCUGGAGAUGAACACGAAGCGUGAGGGUUGGAGAGAAUUGACGCGGUCAAAUAGUGUUCUGAGUGUAUGGACUUGCUACUAAUAUUUAUGAUCUUAUGUUGGAGAGCUCUUCAUAUGCUUCAGGGGGAAUGUACGGAGUGGCCGCCAUUCUCUGAACACAAAAGGCAUAGGCCCAGUUUUCUCUCACCUUGAGAAAGAAGGAUAAGUCCGAAGAGGGGAAUACUCUUCAACUUGAUAAAGCGUGG